AUCUUCCGCCGUCUCCUCGUUCGCCCUCUCUCUCUCUCUCUCUCCCGUAUAUCUAUCUAUCUAUCAAUCUAUCUAUCUAUCUAUCUAUCUACCUACCUACUAGUGCAUGUCUUAGAUCGACGAUUCUGCUACCUUCUUCUGUUGAUUAAUUAUUAUUAUUAAUAUUAUUAUUAUUAAUUAUUAAUUAUUAAUUAAUAAAGCGCGAACAAACACAAGACGUAGUCUCUCGCUCCAGAGUCCAGGCGGGCAAAGGGCGGGGGAAGGGGAAGUGGGAACCCGAUCGUGAUGGCCACCUCGUCGUUCUCCCGGGUCCUCCUCCGGCGCCUGCCGCUCCUCCACUGCCCCCGACGCCUCUCGACAACAGCAGCGGCCGCCGCCGCCGAGGCCUCUGAGGGGGAGGGAAAGGAGGAGGCGGGCGGCGGCGUGAUAUCGAUGAAGGGCGUGCGGAUGUCGGGGCGGCCGCUGUACCUGGACAUGCAGGCGACGACCCCCGUGGACCCGCGCGUGCUGGACGCCAUGCUGCCCUUCUACCUGUCGCGCUUCGGCAACCCCCACUCCCGCACCCACCUCUACGGCUGGGAGUCCGACGCUGCCGUGGAGGCCGCCCGCGCCCAGGUGGCCGCCCUCGUCGGCGCCAACCCCAAAGAGGUGUUCUUCACCUCGGGCGCCACCGAGUCCAACAACAUCUCCGUGAAGGGCCUCAUGCGCUUCUACCGCGACAAGAAGCGGCACGUGGUGACCACCCAGACGGAGCACAAGUGCGUGCUCGACUCGUGCCGCUGCCUCCAGCAGGAGGGCUUCGAGGUCACCUACCUGCCCGUCCGUCCCGACGGCCUCGUCGACCUGGACGCCCUCGCUGCCGCCAUCCGCCCCGACACCGGCCUCGUCUCCGUCAUGGCCGUCAACAACGAGAUCGGCGUCGUCCAGCCCCUCGAGGACAUCGGCCGCAUCUGCCGGGACAAGGGCGUCCCCUUCCACACCGACGCCGCCCAGGCCCUCGGCAAGAUUCCCAUCGACGUCGACCGCAUGGGCAUCGCCCUCAUGUCCCUCAGCGGCCACAAGAUCUACGGGCCCAAGGGCGUCGGCGCCCUCUACCUCCGCCGCCGCCCCCGCGUCCGCGUCGAGCCCCAGAUGAGCGGCGGCGGCCAGGAGCGCGGCAUCCGCAGCGGCACCGUCCCCACCCCCCUCGUCGUCGGCAUGGGCGCCGCCUGCGAGAUCGCCGCCGGGGAGAUGGACUACGACAACCGCCGCAUCGCCGCCCUCCAGGAAAGGCUCCUUGAGGGGGUCCGCUCCGGGGUCGACGACGUCGUGGUGAACGGCAGCACCGAGCACCGCUACCCGGGGAACCUGAACCUGUCCUUCGCCUACGUGGAGGGGGAGAGCCUCCUGAUGGGCCUCAAGGAGGUGGCUGUGUCGAGCGGGAGCGCGUGCACCAGCGCCAGCCUGGAGCCCUCCUACGUGCUGCGGGCGCUGGGGGUGGACGAGGACAUGGCCCACACCUCCAUCCGCUUUGGCAUCGGCAGGUUCACCACCGAGGCCGAGAUCGACCGCGCCGUCGAGCUCACCGUCCAGCAGGUGCAGAAGCUUAGGGAGAUGAGCCCCCUCUACGAGAUGGCUAAGGCAGGGAUCGACCUCAAGAGCAUCCAAUGGGCUCAGCACUGAGAUUGAUGCGGCAGCACCUGUAGAUUGGGUGUUCUCCAGAGAAGACCAUAGGGUUGUUAGUCAUGAAGGGCGGCGGCAGCAAAAGCAUCGCAGAAAUUAAAGACAAGUGCUAUAACUAACUUUGGGGUGUUACUUUGUACUUGCAAAACCCCACUUCUCUAUCCAUCUUUUUGUGGGCAGUUACACUGUAGACAUCUUGAAAGAGCAGAGUGGUUUAAGGAUGGAUGCACUGUUGUUUGCAAAGUUUUCACCUCUUUCAUCCUACCCUUAUGGUUGGUUUGAGGAGAAUGAAAAUAAAUGGUGUUAUCUAGAAUUAGAGAGCUAUAAGUUAAAGAGGUUUGAUUACUUGAUCUUCUUUGUGGAUUGCUCGUGAAUGUGCUCCUUUGUUUUUGUUAUUUUAUGGUGUAUUUUGAUAUAAUAGCUUGUUUGGUUGAGUUCUCCUUA